AUGGCAUCUCAGGCUUUACAAGCAGUUGUAUUAUGUGGUGGGUUGGGUAAUCGAAUGACCAGUUUGACGGAUCAUAUUCCAAAAUGUAUGCUUCCAAUUGCCGGUGUUCCCAUGUUUUGGUAUCCACUCAAUUUUUUGCAAAAAAAUUCUAUAAAAGAAGUUGUUAUGGUUGUAGCCGAAAGAUUGAUGGACGAAAUUAGACAUCUUUUAUUUAGCUCCACUUUGCCAUCGUUAGAUAAUUUACAGAUUGAAUUUAUAAAACUAAGCAGUGCUGCUGAACAUUGGGGUACUGCAGAUGUGCUGAGAUUUAUAAAUGCUCAAAUCAAGAAGGAUUUCAUUGUUGUUAGUGGUGACUUUGUUUCUGAUGUGAACCUAGCUCCUAUGUUGUCGCUUCACGCUGCUGAAAAUGCCAUUUUAACGUGUUUAUUAUGCGAUCGGGUUAUCACAGGACCAGCUCCCGGACCUAAAAUGAAGCUCUUAAAAGAGCGCGAUUUUAUUGUUCUUUCUAAGAAUAAUCAAUUACUAUUCAGUGGUUCAGAAGAGGAUUAUGACGAGACGGUUACUAUGAAUGUUGAUUUACUCGACAAAUGUCGAACUGCUUACUUCACUGCAAAGUACAGUGACUGCCACUUAUAUAUCAUGAAGAAAUAUAUUUUAAACAUUAUCGACAAGCACAGGCAAUUUACAUCACUGAAAGCUGAUCUUAUUCCAUAUAUUUUGGAAAAACAGAAUGCUAAAGAUAGCCAUGAAUUGACUGAAUAUGUCAGAAUCGACCCUCUAGAUGAAAAGAUACAGAAAUUCAGUUUUGGUACGAAUGCUGUAAAAAACCUUCAAUACCGUUUGAAAUGUUUUGCCUAUUUGCUGCCACCCGAGAACGGUUUCAUUGUUGGACAUGUGAACACCAUCGGAUCUUACUUUGAGAUUAAUAAAGCAAUCAUCCGUUUUUUAUCAUCAAGUUUUUCUGAAAAAUUUUCUAUUGGACAACUAAUGGAUGAUAUUGGUACCACAUCUGACUCUGAGUGUUACAUCGGUCCUACCACUCGCCUUUUUCUACAGAGCGCCACUGAAGCGCACAUUGCUGGUUCAGAAAGGCCAAUUAUUAAGCGAUCUGUGAUCGGUGAUAAAUGUGUCGUUGGACCAAGAAGCAAAAUUAUCAGUUCUGUACUGAUGGACGAAUGUCAAAUUGGUGCGGGGGCACAAAUAACCAAUUCAAUCAUUUGUGCGGGUGCUGAGAUCGGUGAAAAUGCUAAUAUUUCUUCAUCAAUUGUAGUCUGCCAACAAAUAGUUUCUGCAAGUGCCAAAGUGCACAAUGAACUUGUUGUUCCGAAUAGUGAAGUGGAACUGGAAAAGUGGACUGAAGAAAUAUGGUAG